AUGUGCAAAGUCUUUCCAUCCAGCCUGGGAGAAUUCGGACUCCGAUGGUUCAAUCGUCUCCUUGCUGAAUCGAUUUACAACUGGAAGCAACUUUCUGAAGAGUUCUUGGCUAGAUUUGUUUCUAACGCCAAAAUCUCGAAAGAACCAGACACCUUGUUCGGUCUCCGAAAGGAACAGGAGGAAACAUUGCGUAAUUAUGUAAGAAAGUAUCAGAAAGAGUAUAAUGAUUUGAAGGAAAAUGUUUGCAACGAACAGAUGGUUGUAAUGUUUUUUAAACAUGGACUGCGUCCGGAAAGCAAGUUGAGACAAUCACUUACCAAACGCCCAGCCACAGUACUAAAGGACUUACGUGCCAGGAUUGAGCAGUACGCUCGCCUUAAAGAUGAUCAGAUCCUCAUCGAGGUGGCAUCGGCCGAACAAACAACUCUGGAAAAUAGAAGAAAAGCAGAUCGAGGGGAACCCCGAGGAGUCGUUGUGAAUGAAGCGGACAAGUCUAAAUCCCACGAAGCAGUUGUCACAGUCUUCAAGGAACCUAUCUAUCGUAUUAUGGAAAAAAUCAAGAGAGAACCGUUCUUUACUUGGCCACCAAAGAUGUUAGGGGAUCCAGUUUGGCGCAAUCAAAAGCUUAGAUGUACCUAUCACCAGGACCGGAGGCAUAUGACUCAGAACUGCAGAGCUUUGAAACAACACCUUGAGGAUUUGGUAGUUGUUGGGCAUCUCCAAGAGUACAUCGAUCCAGACAAAGUGGUAAUCGAGCAGGGGAAUCUCCCGCUAGAACCAAAUACAGAGCAUCCACUUUGA